GCUCAUGCCAUAUCGAGUCAAUAUCACGCCAGACUCGGACAGCCUGCAUAUUACCGGCCAGCUCUAAUAGGAAUAUACUCUGUGAUCCAAACUCCCCUUAAAACAGACGACAAAUAGAAGAUUUGUUUGUUACCUUAAAGCAUCUGCCAAUCUAGGCAUGGGGGUUUCUGAUAAUUCACGCAUAUCCCAAUUCCAUUAUUAAAGUUUCAAUUAAAUCUGAAUCAUCUCCUAUUUAUCCACCAUUUCCCCCCCUAAACACCUCAUUUUCUCUCUCCUCCCAAUCUGCUGAUGCUUCAAGUCUUUGUAAGCAUCAGCUGAUUGUCAGUACAAAUGAUGAGGAUGGAGAGGAUUUUGUCAUGGACGACUCAGCUUCUUUUUGUAUCUCUGGUCUUCGUGAGUUACGUUCGCAAGGGGGAUGCUGGGUUAACAAGUCCUUUUGUUCGGUCAGAGUGGCCAGCAAUUGAUAUACCUCUUGGUAGUAAGGAAUUUGUUGUUCCAGAGGGUCAUAAUGCACCGGAACAAGUACGAAUAACACAAGGCGACUAUGAUGGAAAAGCUGUUAUAAUCUCAUGGGUAACACCUGAUGAGCCGGGAUCUAGCAAAGUGGAAUAUGGAACAUCGGAGGAUAAAUAUGAUUUUUCUGCAGAGGGGAAAUUUGCAAACUACAGCUUUUACAAGUACAAUUCUGGCUAUAUUCAUCACUGUCUUGUUGAUGGUCUUGAGUACGAUAAGAAGUACCAUUACAAGAUUGGAAGUGGUGUAUCAUCUCGCAAAUUUUGGUUUCAGACUCCUCCUAAGAUUCAUCCAGAUUCCUCAUACAAAUUUGGAAUAAUUGGUGACUUGGGCCAGACAUACAACUCUCUCUCUACACUUGAGCAUUACCUUCAGAGUGAGGCCCAAACUGUCUUAUUUGUCGGGGAUCUUUCUUACGCUGACAGAUAUCAUCACAAUGACAUUGGAAUUCGAUGGGAUACGUGGGGUCGUUUUGUUGAAAGGAUUGCUGCAUACCAGCCUUGGAUUUGGUCAGCUGGAAAUCAUGAGAUAGAAUACAUGCCUGAGUUGGGAGAAGUUGUGCCUUUUAAAUCAUACCUCCAGAGAUACACGACUCCUUAUGCAGCCUGUCAAAGCAGUAGUCCUCUUUGGUAUGCUAUCAGGCGGGCAUCUGCGCAUGUUAUUGUGCUCUCCACCUAUUCUCCCUUUGUGAAAUACACACCGCAAUGGAAAUGGCUUAGAGAAGAACUGAAGAGGGUCGACAGGGAAAAGACUCCAUGGUUAAUUGUUUUGAUGCAUGUCCCAAUUUACAACAGCAAUGAAGCACAUUUUAUGGAGGGUGAAAGUAUGCGAUCUGUUUUUGAGGAAUGGUUUGUUCAUUACAAGGUUGAUGUAAUCUUCGCGGGCCAUGUUCAUGCAUAUGAGAGAUCGUAUCGAAUCUCAAACAUACACUACAAUGUAUCUACUGGGGAGCGCUAUCCUGUCCCGGACAAAGCAGCUCCAGUUUAUAUCACCGUUGGAGAUGGUGGAAAUCAAGAAGGUCUUGCUGGAAGGUUCAGAGAUCCACAACCUGAUUAUUCUGCAUUUAGAGAAUCUAGUUAUGGGCAUUCAACAUUGGAAAUUAAGAACAGAACACAUGCCAUUUACCACUGGAAUCGAAAUGAUGAUGGGAAGAAAGUGCCUACUGACUCCACAAUUCUACUGAAUCAGUACUGGGCAAGCAAUAAACGCAGACGGAAGCUGGUGAAGCCAUCUUUUGGGACUGCUGCUUUCUGAUAUUAAUGUUAAGGGGUGAAAUCUUGUAAUAUUAAUGUCUUUGAUUUGAGUGAGAAAUGACUUUUUCUAAGCAUCAGUUAUGGUCUCCAUUGUCUUUGCUGUAACUUUAUGUUGCCUUCUUCUAUUCCCUUCUCCUAAGUUGGAGAUCAACAACACCAAAGCAAAAGUGUAAAUAAUAUGCUUCAGAUCUACACCCUGUUUAAUGUUAUGGGUUGAAGUCUUGCAAGAACCAUAUUGCUAAGUUUUUAAAUGAGUGCACUUCAUAUGAAUGAAAGCUAGAAAAGUUGAAAGAGGA